CGACAUUCCCGGUAAUUACGUAUUGUCUGUACGAACGCCGCCGCCGUGUCGCUAUUAUGCGCCCGUGUACACGCCACGGUUGCGAUACACACGCACGCACGCGUCCUCCCGCGUACGUGUGCGCAAACACGGGCAAACACGACGCCUAGCGAGAGGUCUGGAUGUACGUGUGCGCGACGGUUCCGUGAAACGUGUCACAAACACGUUCCAGGUUACCGAUAAAAUGGCGAGGUACGCGCCAAUUGGCUAGGAAGAGGCGACCGGGUUAGAUUCUUUCCGGGAUACGGUUGAAAAAAAAUUGGCCGCUCGCCGCGCGAGGCAAUUUAGCUUGAUUCCGCGACCCUCUGUGUUUCCUGACGCGCAUUGAUGGACUGAAUUUGUAGGUUUGUAGGCAUCCGUUUCGUCUUUGAUCGCGGUUUGAUCGGAAAAUUUUUUUUUUCGAAUUUUAGAUUAAUUUUUAUUUAUAGGGAAUUGGGUGUGAUUGCUUGCCAGGAAGGGUUGAAAUGGGAAAGGAAGAAGGAAUGAUAUUAAUUAAUUCUGCUUUAAAAUUCAUCGUUUGCACUUCUAUCGUCGCGAUAGAAAUUAGUAUUUGCACAAUGUGUCGAGUAUAAGUUGUCGAGUCACGGAGCAUUUCUAAUCUGUUUUGGAUCUGUAGUGGAUUGCACGUUGCGUAUCGCGUAUUCGUUUAUUUCCAUGGAAGUGAGUCGACACGCGUAAAAAAUGAUGUAAACUGCAAUCCAUCAAGAGGGUAGGUAAUCUAAAAAGUUCUGUUUAACAUCGUUAAACUAAGCUAAUGGCGCUAGAAAUAGAUGUCUGGAUGCCUCCGUUUUAUUACACCUAUCGCCUUUCUUCGUCGCUAUGAUUACGAGUUUAUCUGGAUCUCGUUCUCCUUAAUUGUCUCCCUGCUAUUUAUGUACCGCUGCACAAUGUUUGCGUGUGCACACAUUGCCGUGAUCAAAACGCGUGCAAAUAACCGAGAGAUUCAACCGAGCGUAUACCGCCGAGAAAGUUUUCUUGUUCCUCGAGACGCGAUUUGCGUCCGUGCCCUGCAAAAUUUUACGCGACGAUUCAUCCCCGUCCGAUUAUUUAUCACGGAGGAUUGCGUCGUGACGUACUUGACAUACUUUAUUAUUGUUUCGCGUAUCAGAUCCGAAGCCGUACCCGGUAUUACUUAUCUGCGCGUAUCUUACGCGCGCCGGGUGGAAAAAUAGUCGUAGCGAGAAAACUCGAUAAAUCUACUGCGUUUCAUCGUCAUUUUCCCGGUUAAAAAUCUCGCGAUUUAUCUCUUCGUAAGUUUCUUCUUCUGAACGAGGUUGAAAAAAAGAAAAAACGAAAACGGCCUUAGGAAGGUGAUCAGAGGCGAUAAAUCCUUAUCGAGAAACAGAACAAAAGUUAUUCUUGGAACGCGAUAAGGUGUGAGCUACGAUCAAGAUUUGUAAGUAAACGUAAAAUUCGCGAAGGGAAUUUUAAUCCCCGUGAAAAGUUGGCCGAAUUAAUUGAAUCCGUUGUUAUCGACGAUCAUCGUCGAUUGUCAAUCAAGGAGAGAAAAGAAAUCGAUGACUAACGAUCGGAUAAAAGCUCCCUCUUUCAGUUCUCGAUGAUGAUUCAGUAACCUAUUUCCUCCAACAAUACCGAUGAAGUGGUAGCUAACUUUACCAUUAUCGACAUCUAUGAGCCUGACUUUAUUCGCUGAACUACAGUUACCAGAUGGGGAAAAAUAGUCAUAUCAUAAGGAUGACAUUUAUGGGGACUCGGUAUGACGCACAUUCGAUCAAAUCUAGCGAUGUACUCUAUGCAUACUUGGACGUGACUAAACGAUAUUUCACAUCCAGUUAUCAGAAACAAACGGAAACAAUGUAUUGAGAAAAUUACACGUACAUACCAGAGUAUAAAACAGAGAAAAAAAGAAUCAAAGUUUUAGAAACAGGUAUUUACAUUAUUUCCAAACAUGAUGAUUUCCAAACUAGUUUCAUUUCUUCUAUUCUCAAAUUUUCUUGUACAUUUCGCUAUCACUGAACAUGUCGAUCGAAAAAAUCCCAUUGUACGCGACGAUUUUCAAUCCGUGUUGAUCAAUCCUAGACAAGUGCAUCGUUUGGAAACGGGAAUUCGAGACUUUUUCUCGAAAAUAGGGAAGCCUAUAAGUAAACCAAUUAUAUUAAGAUCAUCGAAAGAAGCCGAUGUGUUGUCAACGAUUCGGGAAAUAUGCAAGAAUAUAAGGAAGAGCGUAAUUGAACUCGUUAACGAUUUUGGAUUGAUCGAUAACGUUCAAUUGUACGAAAAUAGAUCGAGGGAAGAUCCAUUGUCCGAUGAUUGGUAUUCCGAGGUGUUGCUGCAAAGCGUGUAUACGAUGCUAGACUUGGGAAAUAUGAUUAAUGAAAUUACAUCAUUGACCGAUAUAUUUAAUAGAAAUGGAAACUCGAGUUUGAGAGGAAACGAGCAUCUGACAAGUAAAACAACUUCGGACGGUUUCAAAUUCCUUGGUUCGGUGGACGACGUGCUGGAAUUCAUCGACAAACUGGCUCAAUGCUUUUCAGAAAUGAACACGAAGAGAAACCAGAAAUGGUCCUCGAACGUGAUUCGAACGGCUUUACAUCUGAUGAACAAUGCGCCGAGACAGGCACUCAAAAAUAUGAAAUCAAAAGUAAACGACACUUUGUUGAGGAACGAUAUUCUCAGGUAUCGCGGCCAACGAAAACCGUGGCACGUUUUUCUUUGCCUCGUGAUCAUAAACAACGAUAGAAUCAAUUACGACGAUUGCGUUGAUGAAUUUCGACGUUUCGACGAGUGCCGGAACAGCGUGAGAUUGCGAUCGACGAGCGAGGCGUACAACGUAGACGCGAAAUCGUGGACGAAGGCUAUUCAAUGUUUGAGCAAUUGCACGGCCACGGAGAAUGAGAAGAUUUCCUGCAAAAUUGUUCGAAGAACACCAAAGAAGAUCAAAAGGAAGGUGAACUACGUGUUCGAGAGGAUCUUGGACAAGAGGAUAUCCAAAGGGACCCCUUUCCAUCGCGCUGUCAACGAUCUUGGGGAAAUUUUGUCGAAGAGCACUUGGGGGCAAAGAUUCAUCGAUGAAUUGUUCCAGUGUAUCAAUAUUUUCGAGGAUGGUAAAAAGAAGUUGAGGAAACUUUCGAAAUUUGUGGGCAAGGAUGACGAAGCUGCGAUAAAGCACAAGGAGAUCUCGAGAGCUUUAAAGUGGUACAAAAAGGGGGCACUUCUCAGAACGUUCAGGACGAUCCACAAAUUGCAUCGAUCCGCCAUUGAUUUCGAAAAAUUCUUCGCCCAAGGGAUGAAAGAGACUUUGAAGGAAACUUGGCAGAGCCACGUGAAUGUUUUAACACAUCUGAUGGACUGGAUGACCAAACUACUGGACCUUUACAGCGGUGAGAACUUGAAUGGACACGAACCGAGCUCGCCGGACAAGAGCACGUCGCAAAUCGAGUGGAAUAGCGACGAGGAUUCUGAAAAUAUCCAAGAAUUUGCAACACGUCAUAGAACAGAAAAGAUAAAAGAUGCGGACAACUCUAUGAAUAGCCUGGUGGAAUCUAUGAAUCAUUUAAGCAGAUAUCGAGACGUGGACAACAACAGUAUGCUGGUUUCUAUGGCCAAUAAUCUUCUACUGAUCGUGAUAUUCAUCGAAACUAUAGGCUUCGCUUCUUCAUUGUACGCUCUUGGACAAACCCCGAACGAAUAUGGUUCCUUAGAAAUCUACAACGGUUGGAAUCGUGAACGUAGAUCCCUGUUUCCCUCUCAAUACGAUCAAAUUAUCGAUUUUCCAUCGCGUGAUCAUCUUUUUGCAUACGAUGAAAAUUUCAUUUUACCAUUUUCAGAUGAAAAUGAUUGAUUCGACAAUAAAUUUUAAAAUUGUUUGAGAAUUUAAUUUUAAUCUUUAAUAUUAUAGUAUUAGUAUGGGUUCAAAAAAUAAAUUAGUUAUAAUAUUAUUGUACUGAAAUAUGUAUCGUGCGAAAUAAAUGUGUCUUCCGAUCUCCAAUA